AUGGGCAGCAAGGAAGAUGCGGGCAAGGGGUGUCCGGCGGCCGGCGGCGUAUCCAGCUUCACCAUUCAGUCCAUCCUGGGCGGGGGCCCCUCGGAGGCGCCGAGGGAGCCGGCCGCCUGGCCGGCCAGGAAGCGCAGCCUGUCCGUGUCCUCGGAGGAGGAGGAGCCGGACGACGGCUGGAAGGCACCCGCCUGCUUCUGCCCAGACCCGCACGGCCCCAAGGAGCCCGGCUCCAAGCACCACCCCCCUAUCCCCUUUCCUUGCCUGGGUACCCCCAAGGGCAGCGGAGGCGCGGGGCCGGUGAGCUCGGAGCGCAAGCCUUUCCUUUCUUCUUCGCACCCGGACUUUAAGGAAGAGAAAGACAGGCUCUUGCCAGUGGGUUCACCGUCGCCGGGGCCCGAGCGGCCGCGGGACAGCGGCGGCGCCGAGCGGCAGGCGGGCGCGGCCAAGAAGAAGACGCGCACGGUCUUCUCGCGCAGCCAGGUGUACCAGCUCGAAUCCACCUUCGACAUGAAGCGCUACCUGAGCAGCUCGGAGCGCGCCUGCCUCGCCUCCAGCCUGCAGCUCACCGAGACCCAGGUCAAGACUUGGUUCCAGAACCGCCGCAACAAGUGGAAGCGGCAGCUCUCUGCCGAACUGGAGGCGGCCAACAUGGCGCACGCGUCGGCGCAGACUCUGGUGGGCAUGCCGCUGGUGUUCCGGGACAGCUCGCUGCUGCGCGUGCCGGUGCCGCGCUCGCUCGCCUUCCCCGCGCCGCUCUACUACCCGGGCAGCAACCUCUCGGCCUUACCUCUCUACAACCUCUACAACAAGCUCGACUACUGA